UUUUUGAUUUUAUAAAUAGAGUGAGUAGCAGCUUGUUAUUUGCCACAGAUCCGCACCAGUCUGCUUCUUCUGUGAGGACGGAUUUUCUCCCAUAUUAUUUAAUGGCAGCCUUCUCUUAUAAUCAGCAGCAGCAUCCCACUUUUGUUCUUGACUCGAUUCUUGUGCCAGACACCUCGAACAACAUGCAUAUAUUAUCUCAUGAUAAUGCUCAAACAACAGCCACUAUCACUGAACCUUGUUUUCCUUCUAUGGUACUGCCUGAUCAUCAUAGUUAUCAAUAUUGUCAGGAGAUACCUGUGCUCCCUCAAAUCCAUGAAACUUCCACUGUUCAGCUUUCAUGUACUAAAACUUCUACUGCUGCUACUGCUGGCCCUUCUUUUACUGCAGAGCAAGAUUCAAUUUCAUCGGCCAUGGUUGGUGGGCUUGCUGGAGGUGAACAUCAACUCUCUGUUGAGGUGGGUUUCAGCUCAAUGGAGAAGAAGACAAAGAGCAUGGAAACGAAGGUAGAAAUAGUAGGCAAAGGUGAUGAGAAAGAAAGCAAGUACUGUGGUAACCCAAGAAAGGCUGAGGUGAGAAAGGUGAAACGGGUUUCAAAAAAUCAGAAGAGAAUUCCUGCAGAAGUUCCAAGUGGUUUUGUUCACGUAAGAGCAAGGAGAGGUCAAGCCACAGACAGUCACAGCUUAGCUGAGAGGGUGAGAAGACAAAAAAUCAGUGUGAGGAUGAAGCUACUGCAAUCACUUGUUCCAGGGUGUGAUAAGAUCACAGGCAAGGCUCUAAUAUUGGAUGAAAUUAUUAAAUAUGUCAAAACCCUGCAGACUCAAGUACAGUACUUGACUGCAAAACUUGCUUCUGUAAAUCCCAUAAUUUAUGGCUUUGACCUGGACUUCAAUACAAACACAUUUGGCCAGGAGGAGAGCCGUAGCUUGGAUUUUCAGCUGCCACCUUUUGUAGAAUCCAGCUCCACCCCGUCCAUGACAUCUUUCCAUGAGAAAAUGGCAAUACUAAAUUCCCAGAUGUUUCCUCAUGUUCCGGAGCAAAGAUCCCACAUUUCCUUUCAAGCACACUAUCUCUGAGGAGAAACAGAAAAGAACUGAUCAAAAGCGUGACAUAAAAGAAUCCUGAUCUACCAAUUUAUAUCCGACAACAGGAGUUAGGCACAAAAUGCCCUGGAAUUUGACGAAUUUAUUGCUGCAGAUAAAUAGUUGCCGUUGUCUGUCAGUCUUCCGAAGUAAUAAAAUUGAACGUCAAACCUCUAAUUCAAUGUUUGAGAUAUUGAUGAAUCCUCCCAUUGAUUUGCACUUUAAUUUGCAGUUUUUUUAAAAUAAUAUUUUUUGUGAUUGAAUUAUUUUAAAAUAGUGAAUGUGACACCGCUGUAUGUUGUUCUCUUUA